CCUCUCUCUCCUGCGCCCCUCCCUCCUCCCCGAACCCCUCCCCCGCUUCUCUCUUCUCUUCUCUCCGCCCGCCUCUCGGGGGGAGGGGCGUGGGGGCAGGGAGCCGGCUUGCAGCGGCCGCUGGAGCCCGCACCCCCAUGCGUCUGGCGCGGCCCGGGGCGAAGGUGAGCACCGGCUCCUAGGAUGAGUGAAGGGGCGGCCGCUGCCCCGCCACCUGGAGCCGCUCCGGCCGAGGAGGGCACCGCGGCGGCUGCGGGCGGUGGCCCGGACGGCGGCGGCGGCGGCGGGGCGGCUGAGCCCCCCCGGGAGCUGCGCUGCAGCGACUGCAUCGUGUGGAACCGGCAGCAGACGUGGCUUUGCGCGGUGCCCCUGCUCAUCGGCUUCAUCGGCCUGGGGCUCAGCCUCAUGCUCCUCAAAUGGAUCGUGGUGGGCUCCGUCCAAGAAUACGUGCCCACCGACCUCGUGGACUCCAAGGGUAUGGGCCAGGACCCCUUCUUCCUCUCCAAACCCAGCUCCAUCCCCAAGGCCAUGGAGACCACCACCGCGACCCCUUCCACCACGUCUCCUGCCACCCCUUCGGCUGGCGGAGGCGCCUCUUCCUCCUCCAGGACGCCCAACCGGAUUAGCACCCGCCUGACCACCAUCACGCGGGCGCCCACUCGACUUCCCGGCCACCGGGUGCCCAUCCGGGCCAGCCCGCGCGCCACCACGGCUCGGAGCACUGCGGCCCCCCCGACGGUACUGUCCACCACCACCCCCGCCUUCGGGAGCACCACGCCGGGCCCUCGACCCCAGGCCCCGGGAGGAAGCCCCAGCACGGAGGUUGUGCCCUCCUGGCCCACUGCGGCAUAUGCCACCUCCUCCUACCUUCACGACUCCACUCCUUCCUGGACCCUAGCUCCCUCGCAGGACACUGCCUCCUCUGCCUCCUCCUCUUUCUCAUCUGCCUCCAUCACCACCACCACCCCAGAAACCAGCACCAGCCCCAAAUUCCGUACCACCACAUAUUCCACUGAGCGAUCCGAACACUUCAAACCCUGCCGAGACAAGGACCUCACCUACUGCCUCAAUGAUGGUGAAUGUUUUGUGAUUGAAACCCUGACGGGAUCCCACAAACACUGUCGGUGCAAAGAAGGCUACCAAGGAGUCCGUUGUGAUCAGUUUCUACCGAAAACUGACUCCAUCUUGUCGGAUCCAAACCAUUUGGGGAUUGAAUUCAUGGAGAGUGAAGACAUCUAUCAAAGGCAGGUGCUGUCUAUUUCCUGUAUUGUCUUUGGAAUUGUCGUCGUGGGCGUGUUCUGUGCUGCCUUCUACUUCCGAAACAAGAAGCAAGCUAAACAAAUCCAAGAGCAGUUGAAAGAGUCACAAAAUGGCAAAAGCUACAGUCUGAAAGCAUCCAGCACAAUGGGGAAGUCAGAGAACUUAAGGAAGAAUCAUCUCCAACUGCAAAGUUAUUCAAAGGCGGAAAGGCAUCCUGUGACUGCAUUGGAGAAAAUGAUGGAGUCAAGUUUUGCUGGCCCCCAGUCAUUCCCAGAGGUCCCUACUCCCGACAGAGGAAGCCAAUCUGUCAAACACCACAGGAGUCUCUCCUCUUGCUGCAGCCCUGGGCAGAGGAGUGGUAUUCUCCACAGAAAUGCCUUCAGAAGGACGCCCCCCUCACCCAGGAGUAGACUGAGUGGAAUUGUGGGACCAGCCUAUCAGCAACUUGAGGAAACAAGGAUCCCAGACCAAGAUACAAUCCCUUGCCAAGGGUACUCAUCCAAUGGUUUCAGACCCCAACAAAAUGCAUCCAUAAAUAUGCAACUGCCUUCAAGAGAGACAAACUCCUAUUUUAAUAGCUUUGAUCAGAAAGACCUGGGGGGGUAUUCCUCCACGAGGGCCAGUUCUGUGCCCAUCAUCCCUUCCAUGGGGCUUGAGGACACCUGCAUGCAAGUGCCAGGCAUUUCUGAAGUCAAGAGCAUCAAAUGGUGCAAGAACUCCUACUCUGCUGAUAUUGUCAAUGUGAGUAUUCCAGUCAGUGACUGUCUUGUAGCAGAACAACAAGAAGUGAAAAUACUGCUAGAAACAGUCCAGGAGCAGAUUCGAAUUCUGACAGAUGCCAGGCGGUCCGAAGACUACGAACUGGCCAGCAUAGAAACUGAGGACAGUGCCAGUGAAAACACAGCCUUUCUCCCCCUAAGUCCCACGGCUAAAUCAGAACGAGAGGCACAAUUUGUCUUAAGAAACGAAACGCAGAGAGACUCCACAUUGACCAAGUGACUUGAGAUGUAGGAAUCUGUGAAUUCUAGGCUUUGCCCAACCGGAUGGAGAGGAAACUAAAUACAAAUUAUUUAUAUGCAUUAAUUUAAGAGCAUCUACUUAGAAGAAACCAAAUAGUCUUAUCGCCCUCAUAUCAUAGUGUUUUUUAACAAAAUAUUUUUUUAAAAGGGAAAGAAGUGUUUCAAGAGGGACAAAGCUUUACCACUAAAGCUUUUGAUUAGAAUUCUGAAUACAGUUUAGUGAGUCCCGACCUCAUCCUCUUUGGCUCUUAUCAGACAUUGGAAAUUUAGGCCCCCAACUCCACAGCACUAGUGUUUUCACUAAAAAUAAAUAAAUAGAUGCUAGUGGUUACCCAGUUUCCAAGGAUGAGCUAUAUACCCUGAAGGUGGAGGUAGCAAUGAGCAGUCAGUUCCAACCCCUAAAUCAAUUCACUUGAUAGCCUCACCACAGGUUGUGUUAUGUCUACAACCUCUUUUCUAUUUG